AUGUGCUAUAUCCUAUCCGGCACGGCAGUGGAGGCGAAUCUUCGGGGACAGUGGACACAGAGAUGGGCGAACCUCCGCGACAGGGCGGGCAAAUUGGGGAACCCAGCCGAGACGAUCCGAUACCUUCAUAUAAUCCGGAACAUUCAUCGCGCAGCGUUUGACCUUGCGCGGACAGAGUUGCGGGGCUUGGGCGCAUACGACGCCGACUACGCCCAAGAACGACGCCAACAGAUCUUAUACAGCAUCUUUGAUGACGUGUAUGGAGCGGAGGAUUACAUGCUCGUCGAGGAGCUUACCCCUGUAAUGAGCAGGCAACCCCCUGCCUAG